AGUAAUAGUAAUAAUCAUAGUCUAUAAGAGAACAAGACAAGCAGAGCCGAGAUGCUCCAUCCGUAACCCGCAGGCGGGGACAGGUUGUGAACCCGCCAAACACCUGAGCAAUAAAACACGACCGAACAAUUUCGAGGCGGGAGGGGGGAAGAAAACUUUUCCGCAGCUCGGGCGUCUCGGGGGGGCGGGCGCGAUGCCGCCCUGGCUGCUCGGUAGCCUCUGCUGCGUGCUGGCGGCGCGGACGGCGCUGGGAGGCGGCUCCGCGGGAGCGGAGGAGGAGGAGGAGGAGAAGCUGAUCCGGGUGCUGGUGCUGCUGCCGCAGGACGACACCUACCUCUUCUCGCUGGGGCGGGUGCGUCCCGCCAUCGAGUACGCGGUGCGGAGCCUGCGGGAGAGCGGCGCCGGGCUCCCGCCCGGGUACACAUUCCAGCUCACCUACGAGGACUCGGCGUGCGGCAACCGCGCCCUGUUCAGCCUGGUGGACAUGGUGGCCCUGCAGCACCGCCGCCCCGACCUGUUGCUGGGGCCCGUCUGCGAGUACGCGGCGGCGCCGGUAGCGCGGCUGGCGGCGCACUGGGACGUGCCCAUGCUGUCGGCGGGGGCGCUGGCCGCGGGCUUCGGCGCCAAGGGCGGCGAGUACUCGCACCUCACCCGCGUCGCCCCGGCCUAUGCCAAGAUGGGCGAGAUGCUGCUGGCCCUAUUCCGCCACCACCAGUGGAGCCGGGCCACGCUGCUCUACAGCGACAGCAACCCCGAGCGCAGCUGCUACUUCGCCAUGGAGGGCGUCCAUGUGGUCUUCCAAGAGGAGGCCUUCCACAUGGCCGUGCACAGCUUCGACGAGAGCAGCCGGCACCUCGACAUCGACGACGUUGUUCGCGCCCUGCAGACCGGCGAGAGGGUUGUAAUCAUGUGUGCCAGAGGUGACACAAUCAGGAACAUCAUGCUGGCUGCUCAUCGGCAAGGAAUGACCAAUGGGGACUACGCUUUCUUCAAUAUUGAACUCUUCAACAGCUCAUCAUAUGGAAAUGGCUCUUGGAGAAGAGGAGACAAACAUGACCUUGAAGCCAAGAAAGCAUACUCAUACCUCCAAACCGUCACUCUGCUGAGGUCCGUGAAGCCUGAGUUUGAGAAAUUUUCCCUGGAGGUGAAAAGUUCUGUUCAGAAGCAAGGUCUGCAUGAGGAUGACUAUGUGAACAUGUUUGUGGAAGGAUUCCAUGAUGCUAUUCUUCUUUAUGCUCUAGCUUUACAGGAAGUCCUGAAGUUUGGUUUCAGUAAGAAAGAUGGUGAAAAAAUUGUUCAGCAAACACGAAACAGAACAUAUGAAGGCAUUGCAGGGCAGGUGUCCAUUGAUGCCAAUGGAGACAGAUACGGGGAUUUCUCUGUGAUUGGAAUGACAGACCCAGAGGCAGGCAUACAGGAGGUGAUCGGGGACUACUAUGGAAAGCAGGGGCGUUUUGAAAUUCGGCCAAAUGUGAAAUAUCCUUGGAAUCAUGGCAGGCUGCGACUAGAUGAAAGUCGGGUUUCAGAGCACACGAACAACACACCAUGUAAAUCAUCAGGUGGUCUAGGAGAAUCAGCAGUCACAGGAAUAGUUGUGGGCGCCUUGCUCGGAGCAGGAUUGCUAAUGGCUUUUUACUUUUUCAGAAAGAAAUACAGAAUAACUAUUGAGAGACGAACUCGACAGGAGGACUGUAACAUGGGGAAACAUCGGCAGUUACGUGAAGACUCCAUUAGAUCUCAUUUUUCUGCCGCAUAAAGAAGAAGAAAAAGAAUCCCAUUCUUCCUAGGAGAAAAAAAGAAUUAGAGAAAAAGACACAACCAAAGACAUCAGUGUAAAAGGAAGAGGCUCUUGAACUCACUCUUUUAAGCAGUAAUUUUGUCUUAAUUUCUUUCAGAAGCUCAGGAAUGAUUUACUAAUUACAUUGUGCCACAUGGCCUUUCAUCUCAUGAAAAAAGAAAAUGAUGCAGUUUGCUGUUACAGGACAUACCUAGUAUGUAAAGAUGGUAUUUCUUAAAGCAUAGAUUAAGCGGAGUGGAUCUGGGUUUAGUUGAUGGGGAAUGCCUCAUUCUAUUCCCUCUUCUUUCUUUUCUUAGCUCCUACCACCUCUUUCCUUAAUUGUAUCUCACACAUAGGUAUCAAAUAUGGUUUCACAGGCAGAGGUGUUGGUUGCUGUCAAAAGGAAGAAAGGGAUUCAGUUGGGGAUGAUUCUGCAUCACUGAAUCAUUGCCAUCGAUUAUAGGGGAUACACAAUUGGGCAAAUAGAGUUUAGUUCUGGGAGGGAACUGGCACUUGGGUGUAAUUAAUUCCAUUGGGGCAUAAUUAACUUUACUGAGAAAGUCAGCAGGUGGAAAACACCCACAAAAAAUUCCUUGUUUGUGUAGUAUCACAAUAAAAAGCACUGAUUCUCCUUCUUAGAUGAUGGGAGUUAGCAAAAACUCCAGUGAAGGAUGUGAAGUUUCACUAAUAUGACAUAGUGAGAGAGAAGGCAAUCAGGCCUCCAGAAAGGACUGCCUAAUUCCUCAGUCUUAUGUGCGUUUUAUCAAGCUUCUUACUCUCCACUGCCAUGACUUUUAAAGAGACAAGUAUAGUCCAUGUAGGGCCUGCUUCUGUUCCCAGUGAAGUCAAUGGCAAAAAUCCCAUUAACUUCAGGGAGCACAGGGCUGCAUCCAAAACUGUAAAUAUAAAAGUGUUUGUAUAGCUGACACAGUUCAAAAGGGGAUCUUUUUUUUUUGUGUAAAAAUGACAUUCCGUGCUAUCAUUUUAUUUUUAGGAUAUUUUUAUCUUGUAUUUUUCUAUUAAAGUAUCUAUUUUUGCUUUGGUAGGAUUAAAAAUUAAGGAAGGGAUGUUUUGAAGACUUAUUUUUUAUGAUAGAAGUAACAUGCAGGGAAAGUCAACAGCUGUAAAUAUGUUUUAGAACUAGUAUUUAGGGAAGGAGAAGUGACUUUAUCAAUAGUAACAGACUUUUUGCCCUACUUUCUUUUCCAGACAUGUGCAACAUUCAAAUAGUUAUUUAAAAAAUAUACAUGCAGUAAUUGAAUUGUCCAUGUGAUGAUGGACCUGAUCCUGAAAAUAAUGAACUUUUCACAUGUUAAAUAGUUCUACAUUAGUCAGUGAGACUAAAUAUUUGUGUAUGUACAAUUGAACACCCAAGGAACUACCUUCAGGAAUUGGGGUGGUAAAACACUGCUCUACGGCUGACUUCAGUCCUGCUGCUGUCGGUAUCCCUUGGACUUUUGCCAUUGACUUUACCAGGAAUAAAACUGAAUCUGUGAUGAAUUAGCUACUAACGUCUUAUUUUAUAUUAGACAAAGGAGAGCUCUGUGCUUUCUAGUCAACAAAUGGAAAUGAACAGUGCAUAUUAUAAAUGUGAUGACCAAGAUCCAUAAAAAUACUGUCCAUGGGAAAACGCAGCUAUGACUGUGGUUCUAGUGCAUGAAAUCUUUUGAUUUAUCCUAUUUUGAUUUCAUAAGUAGAACUUCCUGGUCUCAGCAGUCAGUCAGACUUGAAAGUUAAUCUCAAAACUGGCCCUAAAGCCUGUGUUCUACAGAAGUUCUAGGCCCUGAAAAGCCAGAGUGCCAAUUCAUAGAUACCAUUUCAGGGUAGCUGGAAGAAAGAGCAAAAGCUGGCUCUGCCUUGUUUCUGUCUUUCAUUUGUUGGUGGGGAAAUAACCAAUGGAGUGUUUCCUUGGACUCUUUUCCUUAUGUUACACUUGCCUCCCAGAAUUCAUCACCUGCCCUUGUAAAAUACUGUCCCAUGUCCCAGACAGCCAGAGGGAAAGGUUUUCUGACUGUCAGGGCAGCUUCAGUAUAGCUGGUGGAUGUAGACCAGGUAGCUUUGCUAUCUUUAGGACUCAUUGAAAUAGGUGUUGUUUACCCAGUAGGUUUCCAUCAUCCUGUUUCCCAGUCUGAGCAUGUGUGACCAAAGUAACGCUGCAGUCAAUGGACAGUUUUUUGAAGUAGCCUCUUUUUCUCAUGGGCACCAGCAAACACUGUAGGCUAGAGCAGCAUUUUCAUAGUGCUGUGGAGUGCUGACUUCCACAUUAUUAUCUUCAGCAUGUAGACUUCCACUGCAAGUUGACAAAGAUGAAGCAAAACUUGCCAUAGUACUGGUGAUUUAGUACGUUGAGACCCAAAAUUUCAGAGUUAGAUGUCUGGAUGCUUUGUCCUAGGCCACUGGUAGGUCUGGAGAACCAAAGACUUCCUGACCAGUUUUGGGAAUUCUUUUCAAGCAGCUGAGUUUAUCUAGCUCAGGAGCACGCAUAAGAUUUGGGGGUUUUAAAAUCAUUUCCCAGGGAGUUUUGAUCUACUUCUUGUUUUGCAAAUAUGGCUUUCAAUAUUUUUACUUUCUUUCAUCCACUUGAGUACUUUGCCACAGAAAAAGUGAAGGAAAAUUUUCAAAUAUGUAAAGAGGAUAUUAUUUGAAGCAUAAACUUUUUUUGAAAUUGUUUUUUAUUACUUGUCUUGCAGUGUGAAUUGGUACUGAAACAAUCACUAGUUAGAGAGCAGGACAGUAGCAUAGGUCUGCAUGUUUCUUGUCAGGUCAGACCAGAAGACACAAGCCAGGAGAUGUGUCUGGGACAAUAAAUUGUCAGUACAGCUCUUCUAUUGUCAUCUUACUAUAACUAAGCAUAUUUAAAAAAAAAAGUUUAAUGAAAGUCCACUUUUUAAUUAAAAUAGUGUAGGGUUAUUAAUCAGGAAGUUUUCUUAUGAGAUAUCUGUUGGUGGGAUGCUGAUGGAGGCCUAGCCACACUUUACAUCCCAACACCUCCCAACAAAGGUGAACCUUUCUUGCACAUUAGAACAUUUUAUACUAAUGGGCUUUAAUCUUUCUACAUUGGUGCACACCUACCUGUUAAUUUUCCCCAUGGAAGUGUGGAGAUUGUUAAAGACAUUCCACAUAAGUAGAUAACUGUAUAGCAUAAAUAAACUUGCACUUCUUAGCUGCCUUUCUCAGUGCUCUUAAUAAUACUUCCCAAGUCUUUUAUCGACCAUAAAUCAAAAACUGUGUGGAGUUUAGAAUAUUCAGCAGAGAGAUUCUUUACCAGCUAAUGCACGCUUCCUUUCUGGUUCAUCUGCAUUAGCUCAAUGUCAGAAUGUUUAGGCUUCAAACUCUGUAAGGGAAUGUCUAAUUAAAAUAAUUUAUUCUCAAAAGAGUUUUCAAAAACCUACAUUUUUAGCUUUUAUUGUUAUUAUUAUUAAAAACAUAAAUCUGUAUUACAGAGCAGCACAAGGAGGGCUUUGACACAGCUCAGCAAGUUAGGACACACUUUAAAUCACUCAACUUCAGCUGAUAAGAGCUUUGCUCACUUGGAACGAAAGGGUAUAAUUGUAGCCAUGGCUGAAUGAAAGGGAAUCUUGCCAUGUGCUUGAAUUGGAGAAAGGUUGGCCCCGUAGGUAAUACGUUUAUUGCUAAAUCUUACUGUUGUGCCUGUUAAAUUGAACUAGUGGCUUCAUACUUUUUUUUUGGUUUUGUUCAAAUUUUGAUAAAUUCUGCUAAUUUAGCAUUUUUUUUAAAUUACCAAAUGCUGGUCAGCUUAAUAUCUGGUUAAUCUCACAGUUCAUGAGUCUUCUGUGAUCUGCCUUCCACAUUCUUAUCUUCAACAUUUAGACUUCAACUGCAAGUUGGCAAAGAUGAAGCAAAACUUGACAUAGUACUGGUGAUUUAGUAUGCUGAGACCCACAACUUUAGAGUCAGAUGCCUGGAUGUUAUGUACUGGGCCACUGGUAGUUCUGGAAGUUUUGUCUGUGGACAGUGUGUGUGUCCUGAGUUGUCUAUGACUAUCACCAUCACCAGUUAAUUUCCAGUUCUUUCUGUGAUGUGCUUCAUUGAAGAGCACUCUCAGCUAAGUUCAUUCAGUCAUUGCUAAGACUUUUAAUUGAGAGUACUGUGCGCCUUGCAAGAUUUUGGCUAGAAUUCUGUUUAUUCAAGAGCUAUAUUUGCUCACUUCUGAAAGUAAAUUUUAUUUAUCUAUUUUCAAUUUGGUUUUAUCAAAUGCUUUACGGCAUUAUUGAAAGUAUUCUGUUGUUUUUUAAUGUAGAAUUAUUAAAGUUUAUCUAAUGCUUUGAAAACAUUUGUGCUGGACAAAAGAGUGUGCUCCUUGACAGCGUGUUUUACUGAAUGAAUCUCUGCUUUUCAGCUAGGAGAUGAGAUCAUACUUCCAUUAAGCUGAUGAAAAAAAACCCUUUCGUUGAUUCAGUGGAAGUAGACUUGGGUCCUCAGUGAAGUGUCUCCAGGCUUUAAACUCAGCAUCUUGAAGCAGUUCAGAGUGAAUUUCUCAGCUUUGCAGUGGAACAGGCUGCAUCAGCCUUAGCUGACCUUGGCUCUGGCCUGAUUUUCACCUCAUGAAUGCCAUAAUGCCCCUGGAAAGCCAAGAAUAGACAUCAAAGACAGGAAGCUAAUAGUUCUGGUCGUAAAUUUCUGUGACAAUUCAGUCCACCUUUUCUGGAGCUCAAGACAGUUCCACAUCCUUCACUACCUUCCUUUGCAUUUCAGAGUAGCUGUGUAGCUGGUCUGUUUCUUUAAAUAAAGCAGAUGAGGUUAUUUUUCCUCUUUCUCUCCCAGGCUAGUGUGAACAUUUGAAUUCUCCACUGUUUUCAGGCUCUUUUCUCUAGCUUCAGAAGUACUUUGAAAAGAGACAGCUAUUUUCCAGCAUUUAGUCAGAGAUGCUCCCUCUUCACUGAGAGGUGGCUUUUGUAUAAUUUCAGCCACUGGCAUUGCUGCAGUGCUGCUCAGCUGCCUUCACAUCUGGUGCUGGGCAAUGGCCAUAUUGGCUGUUACUGGAGGUGUGGACCCAGAAUUGUCUGAUGUGGCCCAUCUUUUAACUAAGCAAAACUGAAAAAUCAGAUCAAACGAAAACUUUUUGAAGUUUAAUCUGAAUUUUUCAGUUAGUAUCCUUUCAUUUUAAAAACAGCCAAGGCUUCUAUAAAUAACUGUGGUUAUAAAAGCAAUCCCAUUCAAAUCCCAUUAAAAUGAUAACUGGGUGCCACUGAGAUCAGCAAAAAUGAACUAGUCCAACAUCGUGAGAUGACGCCAGGUGAUGUCAGCCAGCCUUUCUUUUUAUCUAAGCCCUAAUUGUUUUUACUAUAAAACGACACCAAAUCUAGUGACCACUCUCCACAAAACAGGGCAUAUGGGAAUAGAAAUUUGAGUUUCUAAUGGUCCAUUACCUUUUCUGUCAAUCAGCAACAUGUCCUAGUAUCUUGGCUCACAAGUGUGAGCCAUGAAGGGACAAUUUCAGUAAAGUGUGUGUUUUGUAGGAGGCAGUUUUAGCCCUUUUUAGAAACAAAGUACAAAAGUUAUUUUUUGGAGUAUGUUUUCAAGGACGUGCUGGAAAAAUUUUCACCUUCAAAUGUGUUGUGUAUCUCUCCUCUUUACCCACCCUUUCUUUCUGCUGUUGAAAGCACAAAAAGAUUGUGCGUAUAUGAAGUCUUUCAAGUGGAAGAAUGGAAGUGUUUGCACUGUGUGUAUCCCUGCUUAGAGACAGAAAUGAAAUCAAACGGCUUGAGGCCUGUAUUUUUUGUAUUCUUGAAUACCUUUUAACAUCUGAGCUCUGAGACUGAUGGAAAAUGAUUGUUGAAAUUAAAACAAAUAGCUGUUUGUGAGAGACCUCAGAUUUGGCUGUCUACAGGGAUCAUCAAAGUGUGUGGCAGACUUUUGAUAGUGUCUUUUCUGAAGAAUGAGAAGAGGCCUAAGCACUGUGGUUUGCCCCACUGAACCCUUAAGUCUGGCAUAAAUGCAGCUCUUCCUUUAUCUCACCCGUAGAGAGAGAAAGGACACAGGUUAAUGAUAGCGUUUUUGUGAGUUUCCUGCUGGUUUUGAUCAGGAAGACAAUGCUGUCACAGCUUUGAGGCUUUCUUGGGCUACUGUUUAAUUAUGUCCAGAAUAUCAUUACAUAGACUGUUUUAUUAUGCUAUUACUUCAUCCAGAAUGUACCUUUCAGAAUGACUCCUACCUGACAUGCACCAAAUUUGCAGCAUACAAAGCCAGCUUUCAAAAGGAGAGGCUUAGAGCUUAUUCAGAAUCUCUCACUAACCACUAAGUUCUUAUGCUGCAUCUAAGGCAAAGUAUUUUAAGUAACCUGACACUGUUAAAGUUUGUAUGUUAAGCUAUAGUACUUUAGAAAUCUUAUGUGGAUUCAUUAGGUAUUAUAUCUUUGAAAGGUUAAAAUUCACUCUGUGUGAACUGUUGCUUGGUGUUUGUCAUCUGAAUGUUUCUAGAGGACACUUGAGCAAGCAAACAGAAUGUACCAAAAAAAGGGAUUAAAAAAAAAAAUCUUGUUUUAAUGUCUGCAUUUUUUUUUUCUUGUAAUCUCAACUGAUACGCACAGGGAACACACAAGUCUCCUCCCCAGACGAUGAAGAGAGGUCUUGCUAAUGUUACACUACACUAUCAGCAGACAUAAUGAGCACAGCUAUGUUGGCUUGUGCCUGGUGACGAUCUGGACUUCUCUUUCUCUGUGAACUGCAUAGGUAGUGUGAUGAAGAACAAACCAUCUCUGAAAAGUCAGUAUCACAGUUACUAAUCAGAGGUCAUUUGUUUUGGUGCCAUGUGAGAUGAUAGAUGUUCCUCCCAUAUUUAGCAUCUGCCUGAUGUAACUUUGUGGCAAAAGUUGUGAUGCCUUAUGCAGUAUAGGAUCCAAAGGAUGAAAACAUCUCUUGAGAAUAUACAGAAAACAUCUGUGCAGUUGAAUUAGGGAGAGAGAAGAGGGAAAAUGCUCAGGGAUUGAUGAUACUACUAUGAUGAUACUGUUGACUCUACAGAGGAUUGGAAUCAAGCUUUUUCUGUCCUUAUUGUUCAAUAUCUGCUUUAUCGGAGACUUGGAAACUUAUUCACCUUUCAAAUCUCACAUAGCCCUCUCAUCUUUUAGAUCCUUUUAAGCAGGAUUUAAGUUGUGUGUAGGAGCUGCUCAGGGUGUACCAUGCCCUAAGGUUGUGUUUUCACUUAGUAACAAUAUUGGUUUUGUGUGCUGGUCUAGAAGUGCUGAGAAGAUUUGGGUAGAGUAAUGGGAUGAAACUAAUGGGUAGAAUUUGCUGUGUUUCUUGUGCAAAGGGUGUGAUUAUCACAAAACUAAAAGGACUCAGGAUAGACACUGUGGACGUUAACUUUGUCCCCCUUUUUUGGUGAUAUUGUUCAUUCUUAAUGUAAAAAUACUGGACAACAGAGAAACAUAAUAUGAGUCUAGUAGAAAACAAACAGAAAGCUGCACAGUAUAUUGUACUGAUGUAAGUAGAACUAUCUGCAUAUAAUGUGAUUUUAUUUAUUGUGUAGAGGAGAGUGUGUAUUCAUGACUGUGGAUAUAAACUUUGUUUAUUUGUGUAAUGUAUUUUAUUUCUUUUAUGACUUGUCAUUUAAAAUAUCUACAUUCAUUGGUGUCUUUCAAUUUUUAUUCUGUGCAUUUUCUUUCACACAUUUUAAAAAUGCAAGAAUAUCACAUAACCUAAAUUGUAACAAAAUUUUUCCAUUAAAGACAUAGGAAUAUAUUUCUGUGA